CAGCCCCGAUGAAAGCGCUGACAUCGAUUCGUACCGAUGGUGACAAGAUUGAGAUCGUCGACCAACUGCUCUUGCCACAUACCACGCAAUACAUCGAAGUCAAAACCAUCGAAGAUGCACACAGCGCUAUCAAGACUAUGCGCAUACGUGGUGCUCCUGCAAUCGCUUCGCUAGCCGCGUUGGCCUUUGCUGCAGAUCUCUCCAGCGGCUUGCAAACAUCUGCCGAUUACCUGAUGUCGCCAGAAGCAUUGAAAGCGCAUGUUGAGCCCAUUCUGGCAUAUCUGUACACCGCACGACCAACGGCUGUGAAUCUCGGAACGGCGAUCCGAGAACUUACAGCUGUCCUCGAGUCGCGUAUCAAAGCCGGCAAAGAUGCGAAAACUAUCUGCGAAGCUCUGAUCGCCACAGCGCACAGAGUAGCGGACGAAGAUGUUGGAAGAAACAAGCAGAUGGCACAAUUGGGCGGUGACUGGCUUGCCGAACGCCGGCAGAAGAAUGGGGCGUCCGGAGAGGGUCUCAACGUGCUCACCGUAUGCAAUACCGGCUCACUGGCAACUUCCGGCUACGGAACAGCACUGGGUCUUAUCACUUAUCUUCACGAGACUGGAAAACUCGGAACGGCGUUCUUCACGCAGACGGCUCCGUACCAUCAAGGCUCCAGGUGCGAUGCGUGGAUGCUGGCACAUGGCAGCACAAGGCUCACUGUCUACUGUCAGACUGACCGCGCUGGAGCUG